AUAUUCGUACUCAUAUUUUUAAAAUGAAAUCUCAUUCAGACAUCUUUAUUUGCGAAGUUAGCUUGCCUAUGAUUGAAAAAUUCAACUUACUAUGUAUAAUUGCAUACAUUCUGGAUUCUCGAUACAAAUUGCAAUUUAUAUUAUUUUAUUAUUAUAAAAAAGAAGAACAAGAACUAGAUUAUGUUAAUGAAAAGGUACAAGAUAUUCAUACAAGUUUUGAAGAUAUUUAUCUUAACUAUUAUUCUUCUUCAGUUCUUAAACAAAAUCCAACUAAUACUAAAAAUGCCACUA